AACUCGGAGGAAGACGCCUACAAGCUGGGUGAAUGUGCCCUGCGCGGCACCUACUAUUUUUUCAUGUUUGUCACAUGUUAUUCCAUCUCCACCAAGGAUGGCUACUGGGCCAACUCACGCCUGUGCUGGGAGGCGGAGCAAACCGCCUCUCUCGAGACUGAAAGCUACUACGUCGCCGAGCUGGCCUACUACGUCUCGGGCAUCUUCAUCCACGUCUUCCUGGAUCAGCCCCUAAAAGACUAUUGGGUCAUGUUCUCUCACCACGUCAUCACCAUCCUCCUCAUCUACUGCUCCUACGUCUUUGGCUAUCAGCGUGUUGGUAUGCUUGUCCUCCUCUGCCACGACGUGAGCGAUAUCUUCCUGGACUAUGCCAAGUGUUUCCAUUACCUCGAUCUGGACAUGCUUUCCACCUUGACCUUUGUCAACAUGCUCAUCUCUUGGGUUCUUUACCGCCUUUACUACUACCCCACGAUCGCCAUCAACUCGGCCAUGUUCGAGUCCAUUGAGGAGGGCCCAAAACCCAAGUUCCAUGAGCUCUUCUGCAUCUGGCUUUCUCUGCUCCAGAUCUUGCACGUUUACUGGUUUGGCCUGAUGCUGGAUGUGGCUCGCCGUCGCCUCUUUGAGGGCGAAAUUGAGGACGUUCGCGACGACGAAGCCGUCAAGCGUCAAAGCUCGCAGCGCAAGCCAAAGACUCACUGAGUACUGCGCUGGCCCUGGGAUCGAUCGUUGGUCAUUGAGUCACCAAACAGAGUUGCAAAUUCAAUCGAACCG